CUCGUGCUGGCUUUGUUGUUCCUUCGAAGGUCACGCUUCUUGAAAUCGGAUAAGACUUGCAUUAGUCCUCUUCUCAAAACUCUUAAGGAAAUCUCAAAAUGGAAGGAAUUCACACUUAAAUAUGUGCAUAUGGACUUCAACCAAGCAACUCAUCAUUUGGCCUGAUUUGCUAUUUUCUACUCUCAUUUUGGAAAAUUCUGGCAUUUUUGUUGUUUGCCUAGAAUGGAAAGUCCCAUAAGCCCAGCUUCUAGUUCUCCUUCCUCCACGUUGGUUGUUUACUGUAAUUUGCAAGUUUUCCCUCCUAGGAAGAUGCCUGCUGCUGAACGAUUGGAUGUUUGGCGCCGGGUUAAUGAGGUGUUCGAAGAGUUCAUAGGUAAUGAUCCCUGGAAUGAUCUUUUUCUGCUCUCCGAUAAAAUUGGAAUGAUACAGAGAAGAUUAGCAUGGCCCCUCCGCAAGGAUGACACGCACAAAUCGAGAAAUGGAUCAUUGAUGUUGUGAUUCCUGCUUUGCCACCAGUUCAUCAGCAAACAAAUGGAGGGGAACCAAGCUGCAAAUUUUGUUAAAUUGUUAGUAAAAUGAAGGAUGUUGU